AUGUUUUACUAUCCUAACGUUCUUUACCGUCAUGCCGGUUGUUUCUCCACAAUCUGGUUGGCUGCCACUAAAGGCAUCAGGAUAACUAGAAGGGAGUUCCUCAAGGUCAACAUCGGAAAAACAUGUGAGGAUAUAAUGGACUAUGUGCUAGUCCGGGUUCCACCUCUUCACCCAAGCCUACCACGUCCUCGAUUCUCUCUCUACCUCUCCUCUCAGCUGCAGUAUGGAGUGGUCAUUGUCUACCACCGACAGUGUGCCUUCCUACUGGAGGAGGUCCAGAACACCAUUGAGCGCCUUCUGCGUGCUGAAAUGCACUCGCAGAUUGACAUCCAGGAAAUGGACAGGUUGGCUCUGGAUAUCCCUGACCCGCUGUUCCUGAUGGAGGAGGCAGGGGGAGCUAUAGAGCCAUUCUUUGGAGUAAUGGGGAUUGAGUAUGAGUUGCCUAGACCCUGUCAGCUACCACAGUCAUGGCAAUUUAAGGAGACUUCAUCUCCAGAGAUCGCAUGCCGUCCGGUGACUAGCCUCACUGUCUCUCCUGAAACAAUUACCAUCAAAGAUAAGGAGCCACCGAGCAUCCUCACUGCUGAGUUUGGCGGUGCGGAGCUGCCCGAGGUCACGGCCCUUCAGAUUGAGCUGCUGAUGCAGCAGGAGGAUCCCUUCCUCCUCACAGGUGAAGUGGAGCACGACGAGAGAGAGAGGGUGGGCGAGGGGCAGAGAUGGAGAGAGGGGAAGGCUGCCAUGGUCCCUACGGAGCAACUGCUGCUUUUCUGCGCCCACUUUGGGCUGAAGUGCUAUAGCCUGAGGGGAAGAGCUGGAACAGGCGAUGGCCAGGAACUGCACCAGACUGUGAUGGAGGUGGUGAUGACAGACUAUGACGGCCAUGUCGACCUGACCCAGACUGUGAUGGAGGUGGUUAUGACAGACUCUAUGAUGGCUGUAUUGAAGGAAACAGUGGACAGGUCUUGGAUCAUAGAGGACACUGGACGACCAGUGGAAGUUUUCAAGCAAAUGGUUGCCAUGGAGAAGACCCCUCCCCCCUUAACCGUACCAGCCAUUAGUGAGCCCAGCGAGAAAGAUCUUGAACAGAACCAAGACACAGAGUGCUCAAACGGGGUCGCGCUUCCAGAAAACCGCCGCCACCACUGCCUGCGCAAACGCCAACUGAUCUUCGCUGACCAGCACAUGCAAAUUUCCCAGCAUGCAAUGCGAGAACAAAUCAGUAAUCCACUGACUGAGACUCAUGCAUUGUCUGAUGUCCUGCUGAAGGUUCCUCCCACGUUCCGGUUCUCGUCCACAGAUCUCCUCAGCUCUCCUUGCAACUCCCUCUUCCACCCGGAUCUCAGGUCACUGUGGAAACAGUGCUGUCUCCUUCCCCUGAAGAAGAGACAGCGCCUGCAGGAGCGCAGCGAGCCGUCCGAGAUGGAGAGGGAGCGGUCCGUGGAGGAGGACAGACAGCAGAGGAGGAGCGAGUCCAGCAGGGAGGUGCUGCGAGAGUCUUCGGAGGCUGGCCUCCUCCUCCCUGAGGUCUCAGCUGCCUCUGAUGUGGUACUGGACGAGUCAAAAGGAGACUCCUCUCAGAAUGACCUCAUCACCCCCGUCAGCAGAAGGUCCCCUAUGGAAGAGGGUGCAGGUGAUAUUGGAAGAGGCUCCAUGGAGAUGAUAUUGGAGGAGUGUGUGGAGCUGAACACAGCACCUGAAAAAGGAGAGAUCACUCCACACACCUUACUCAGGAUGCUGAACACGUACCUCCAACACUAUGGGGAAGUCUCUUUCCACUCACUGCUCCCCCCAGAGGCAGACCGAGGCAUUGUAGCUCAUGUGUUUUACAAAGUACUAGAGCUGGUGUGUUUAAAAAAGCUGUGGGUGAGACAGACUGAGCCAUAUGGACUCAUCGCGUUCAGGAACACACCACUGUAGACACACUUAACCUGCGUACUCAUCUCUGUGCAUGUUUUAAAUGUUGCACUUACAUGUUUUGGGAGAAGACAGAAUGUUCACUGAAGUACUGUGUUACUUCUAUUAACAAGAAUGUUUUUUAUCUGAUGAGUUACAAC